CCGUUCUACGAACAUCGAUAUUUUAGCUUCCAGAGUGCAUUGGAAUGGGAUUCUGUAAAACCGUGACUCGAAUUAUAUAAUCGCGGCUGUGUUUUGCCUGUAAUCUUGAAGAAGCCGCAGUGACGUGCUGCUGUCAUCGGAAAGCACAAGCCGCCGAAGUUGUGUGGUCGUACAUGUUAGGCUAAAUAUUCGUUCUAGACGUAAAACACGGAUCAAGCAAUGACGACCGGCAGCACGGGGUCUACAUUCCCCAAAUGGCAGCUAGCACUUCUUAUCGGCACGCCGGUGGCCAUCGGCCUCGGUUACAUGUACUGGCGAAAAUCAACCAACCAAGGCGAGGGAGGGGACAAACUAACGAAGAAAAAGUUAGCUGACAUCAAGGACAAAACCAUAUCCCUCGACGGCGAUGAUCGUUCGCGUUCGUCGGAUACAAAACAGAAGGAAACCAAACCGUUGACCGGUCGUGAGCUUGCUCUGAAGCAUAAGAACGAUGGGAAUGCUCAUUUCCGGGUGGGUAAAUAUGAUUUAGCCAUCAAAGAGUACGAUGCGGCCAUCGAGCAUUGCCCGACGUCAGAGACGACAGAUCGGGGUACAUACUAUCAAAACAGAGCUGCGGCUUACGAACAGCUGCAGAAUUGGUCCGCCGUGAUAAAUGACUGCGAGAAGGCAAUCGAAUGUAAUCCAAAAUACACCAAAGCGCUGAUACGACGGGCUAAAGCGUACGAGCAGCAGGGAGAGUUAGCCAAAGCCCUUGAAGACAUUACGGCCGCAUGCAUUUUGGACCAGUUUCAGAAUAAAACCUCUCUCGUGAUGGCUGACCGUAUCCUCCGAGAGUUGGGUCAGCAGCACGGACGGGAAGCGAUGAAGGCAAAGAAAGAGGUUAUUCCAUCCGCUCUGUUCAUCAGGAACUAUUUCAGCUCGUUCAAUAAUGAUCCUGUACGCAAGCUAGUCGUUGCCAGCUCGGAACCAAAAGGAUUCAUCAAGGCCAAAGCACUGUUUGAUAAAGGCGAGUACGAUGGUAUCGUGGCGGCAUGCACAGAGGAAAUUGAGUCAAGCGAGUCGGAAUCCGAGUACAAACUCGAAGCGUUGCUGCUGAGAGGCACAUUCUAUAAUCUAAUGGCCUGUUACGAGGAAGCCAAACAAGAUCUUGAAGCAGUGAUCGAACUGGAGACUGCGGACAAGAAGCUUCGCUCGAACGCACUGAUUAAGCUUGCUUCCCUGGCUAUGCAAACACAGCCGGAAACACCCGAGGAGUGCUUCAGGUGCUUUGCCCAGGCGGAAGAGAUUGACAGCACAAAUUGCGACAUUUACCACCAUCGCGGCCAGGUGUACAUUCUAAUGGAUCGGCUGAAUGAGGCAAUCACAGACUUCGAACAAGCAACCAAACUCUGCCCCACGUCAGGCAUCAUAGCGACACACCUCUGCUAUGCCUCUUACCGUCUGGCCUUAAUGAACAAGGACGAACAAGGCGUACAGCGUGUCCUGAAGCGUUUUUAUGACGUUCUCGAUCAGUUCUCGGAUUGCGUAGAGUGUUACAGCAUAAUGGCCCAGGUACUUUCAGAGCAGCAAGCGUUUCAGGAUGCGGAUAACGUCUUCGACAAGGCGUCGAAGAUCGAACCAGAUAACGCCCAAAUUCUUGUCCAUAGAGGUCUGCUUCAGUUGCAAUGGCGGGGCGACAUUGACGAAGGUGUGAAGUUGAUUAGAAAAGCGAUUCAAAUCGACAGCAAAUGUGAGUUUGCCUUCGAAACACUUGGUUCGAUCGAGGUGCAACGAGGAAAUCUCGUUGAAGCUAUCAAACUAUUUGAAACGGCUAUCGACCUCGCCAGAACGGAGAUGAGCCUAGUUCACCUGUACUCUUUGAAGGACGCCGCUAUCGCACAGGUGAAUGUGUCCAAGAAAAUGGGCUUAAGUAUUAGCAGCAUCCAACCGAACUUCUAAACACGUGCAGCGUAGCUCCCAACGAUUUCGGCUAAAAUGGGGAACAAAUUUUAAAUUUGUCCAGUGCACACGUAGAACGAUAGCAGCAGCAGUCACACAUAAUUCCACGUUAUUAUUUACCAUGUACAGAAGAAGACACGAGUUGGGCCAGUUUAUUUGGCUAUGUUCGCCACUACUAUGCCACACACUUUACAGUUUUGCUGCAACAGAUAAUUCGAAUAAACCAUGUGGAUUACAUCUAUUA